AGAUCAUUGCACAUGUAAUGAAAUAUGAUAAAUAGAGGGUAAGUGGUAGAGAUAGAGUUAUAAGAGAGAAUGGAAGAGAAAUACAAAUACCCAAGUCUGGAAAUAUCGGAGAAGACCCCAAAAUCCGGUGUUUGGUAUGUUAUAUUGAAUCGUCCAUCACGACGGAACGCUCUCUCCCAUGAUUUCUUCAUCCACUUCCCCAAGGCCCUCUGUGCCCUCGAUCACGACCCCGACGUUAAGGUCAUCGUCUUAUCGGCCGCUGGCAACCACUUCUGCUCCGGCAUCGACCUCUCCAUUUUGGGAUCAACCGCAUCCAAUUCGGGUUCCGGCGAGGCCCUCCGCCGACAGAUCAUGGCGAUGCAAGAUGCCGUCACUGCCCUUGAACGGUGCCGGAAGCCUGUGAUUGCGAGUAUCCACGGAGCGUGCAUCGGUGGUGGAAUUGACAUCGUCACUGCGUGUGACAUCAGGAUGUGCACGAAGGAGGCGUUUUUUUCGGUUAAAGAAGUGGAUUUGGCCCUGGCGGCUGAUCUGGGAACUCUUCAGAGGCUACCCCUUAUUGUGGGGUUCGGCAACGCCAUGGAACUGGCUUUGACCGGUCGCACCUUCACCGGUGAGGAGGCUAAGGAAUUAGGUCUCGUUUCUCGCGUUUUCGACUCCAAACAUCACCUCGAUCAGGCCGUCAUGGAUCUCGCUCAAGCAAUUGCCAUCAAGUCUCCCCUUGCUGUUGUUGGGACAAAAAUGGUGCUGCUUAAAAGUAGGGACUUAACCGUGGAUCAGGGGUUGGAUUAUGUGGCAACCUUGAAUUCUGCCAGAUUGUUAUCCUCUGACUUAACUGAAGCAGUGACGGCACAGAAACAGAAACGCAAGCCAGUAUUUUCCAAGCUCUAAUCAUGGUAUGAUGCAUUUGGAUUUGAACACCACUUAUCAUAUUUAUACUACUCAACUCAUCCAUAUUGCCGCUUACACUAUACCCUGUCCAUUCUCUGUCAUAUUGCUCGCAUUCUUCAUAUAUAUUUGGUUUCAAAUUCUCUUAUGAGUACAUGAAAAAUGUAUUACCACAUCAUCUCAUUUCUGUGUCUCCAUAGGACUGCAAUUAACCUCAAAUUAAUUCACUUUAUACUCUUUGUGGGACUUAACAAUUACAUGCCUCCCCUUAUAAUGAAACACAAACAGCUAAUUUAACCAAAGAAAACUUAUUUGCCUGCCUUUGAAGUUGUGACAGCCUAAAAGGUUUGUCUUCUUCCCUUAACCGAGUGUGAAAAAAGUUUAUCUAUUUUAAUUAACUUUUUUAUUUGA